AUGUCCUUGAAGAGAAGCCCACCUUUCCGCGCUGAGCACGUUGGCUCAUUGCUUCGGCCGCAGGAGCUGGUGCAAAAGCGUUAUGACGUCGCCUCAGGCAAGGCGCAGCCAGAGGACCUCAUACCUCUGGAGGACACAUCCGUCGCGGAGGUCAUCAAGACCCAACAAGAUUGUGGUUUCAAGGUUGUCUCAAGUGGAGAAUACACCAGACACAUGUUCUGGGGUACGUUCUUCGAGACGCUCCAUGGCAUGAAGGAGCUCCAGCUUGGUGUUCUAAAAGGCUAUAAUAAGGACAUGUUCCGAGCUUACGCGCCUGACGUGAAGUCUUUCAUGGAAGCAAAAGAAGUGCCCAACCAUGUCACUGUCUGCGUCGACAAAAUCAAGCACCCCGGAAAGUCAAGCAACCAGCGCGAAGUCGAUCUGAUGAAGAGUCUCCUGUCUGAGAGCGAGUGGAAGAAUAUCAAGAUUACUUUGAUCUCGCCUUCAUGGUACCACUUCCGUUACAUGAACGGAAGGGCCUAUCCGAAAGAAGUCUAUGCGAAUGACGAAGAGUACUUCGAUGACGUUGCCAAGGCAUACCAAGAAGAGUUGAAGAUAUUACAUUCGCAAGGGAUCAGGAAUAUCCAGAUCGAUGAUCCUAAUCUCGCUUACUUCUGCUCGGACGACAUGUUAGCGGGCUGGAAGGCUGACACGACAAAUGACAAGUCAGCUGAUGAGAUGUUCGAUUCUUACGUCCGAUUCUAUAACAAGUGCUUUGAACGUCCCGCGGACAUGCACCUCGGCAUCCAUCUGUGCCGCGGCAACUAUGUAGGAAGCAGACAUUUCUCCGAAGGUGCAUAUGACAACAUUGCGAAGAAGUUGUUCCAGGACCUCAACGUAGAUACGUAUUACCUCGAAUACGACACCCCGCGCGCGGGAGGGUUUGAGCCACUUGCACAUCUUCCCAAGGACAAGAAUGUCGUACUUGGCGUCAUCACCUCCAAAUUCCCCAAGCUCGAGGACAAGGAUGAGAUGAUUGCCAGAGUCAACCAGGCCGCAGAUUGGAUCGCGAAGGGUACUGGUCAAUCACGCGAAGAUGCUAUCAAACAGUGUUGUGUCAGCCCCCAGUGUGGUUUCGCAUCACAUGCUGAGGGAAACUCGCUUGGAUACGAAGACAUGAGGAAGAAAUUGCAGCUUGUGAGAAGUAUUGCCGAUGCAGUAUGGCCCGGCGAGCCGUAA